AUGAUCUCGACACAUCUCAACAACACCACUACAACUCAUUCUCAGUCAUCGACUUACUCUUCUAACCAAUGUUCUCCGUAUCGCCUACUUCUUGCCUUCCCAUGGUUCGCGAAUGAGAUCCGAUUUACCAAACACGAAUCCAUGAAGGAGCUUUUGAGGGAAAUUGAUGUAAGGCUGAUAGCUGUGAAGCAGGAUUUGAAUACAGCUUGUGCUCGUGCCACUGCUGCUAGUUUUAACCAUGACCCAGUAGCUAACCUCCAGUUGUUUGCAGAGAGAUUUGGUGCCACUCGCCUAAAGAUCUUCGCAAAUAAGGUGGUGUUCUUUGAUUGGUUCAAGAUGAAACUUCCUCAAUGCAAAGACUCUCAUCUUAUGGUGGUGGUUUCUAGGCUAAACUCAAAGAUUUUAUCUAUUCUAUGGGAGGUUCCAGAAGAGGAAUUUAAAACUGUGAUAGAUACUAAUCUAAAAGGAGUAGAAAAUAUGUUACGUCACUUCAUUCCUCUUAUGAUUGAGAAAAAACAAGGGAUUCUUGUUAAUAUGUCGUCUGGGUGGGGAAGAUCUGCUGCAGCACAGCUUACCAUUGGAGAAGAAGACUAA